AUUUUCGUCUGUUUUGCUCUGACGUCAGCAGUGAUCAGUUUGAAUGUGCUAAGUGGUUGUUGCAUUUUAUUUGUACUUUCAGUCUACAGCUGCACAGUUCCAGUUACUGUCCUUUAACCUUUUUAGAAGGGUAAUUUUUAAAAUGUUAUUGCCGUUUAGUUUGUUGUGGGAACAAAGUGAGAAGUGUUUGCAGCUAACUGUAGCUGUCUACACCGCAUGUUGUAGUGUUCUGAGUUCAUGUUUACUAUUUUCCCGACAGGCCGGAAGCAGACAGUUAUUGUCGUGUAUGCUCCAGGAUGCCUCAGAUGCGUUAGUGGCACCGGGCCCAGUCAGAGAUGAGUUGCGGGAGGCUUCACGUCAAAAUUAAGCGAGUUUGCGCGAGGAAGAGGUCGCGAGACUUUCUUGAGACUCGCCUUAUCCUUGUCCGAAAGGAGGGGAGAGGAGGAGGAAGAGGAGCCGGGUCAACGAAAUGCCUCCUCUCUAGGAGGAGCAGCAGCACCAUGGCAGAACAUGGAGCUGUGGAGUUCUGCAGCGACAGUGAAGAUCUGUUUGGUGACUAUGACAGCAUCCUGGAGGACACCUCCAUCCUCGCAAAGUUGGAGGAAGUAGAACAGCAUGAAAGACUGCGAUCAGAGAACCUGCAGAGUUUCAGGACUCUGCAGCCUUCCGCAGACCCCAUGUCCCAGUCCCCCAAGGGCCCACUCACUGACUCGGUGUUCCAUGAGCUGGAGGACAAGGUGUUUGAGGACCUGCCAUCCAGUCAGCUGCAGUUUCAGGAACAAAUCCAAGAUCGGGCAAAGAAAAGCAAGCUGCAGGUCCGAAACAAAACCUCUACGCCUUCUCACACUGAGGCUGCAGGAGAAACAAACUCUGAGGAUGGAAGCAGGAGACACAGCAAGGCGAGGAGGAGUGUGGCAGACCUUCUGAAGAAGACCAUGCUGGGGAAUGCAGUGACUCCUGUCAGUGUGUCUCGGACGGCGUUGCUGAAGGAGGCGGUUGUUUCUGAGGAGAUCAGUGUCGCCAUGCAGGCUAUGGAAACCAUAUCAGCUGAGACUCCAGACCUCGGGCCGUUCUUUGGACUCCCUAGCAAGGUCAAAGAGCUGAUGCACAAGCUGAGAGGAAUCCAGAAGUUAUACGACUGGCAGGAGGCGUGUCUGAACCUGGAGUGUGUUCAGCAGAGGAGGAACCUGAUUUACUCACUUCCUACCAGCGGAGGGAAGACCCUGGUGGCAGAGAUCCUCAUCCUCAGAGAGCUGCUGUGCAGGAGGAAGGACUGUUUGUUCAUCUUACCGUACAUAUCACUGGUGCAGGAGAAGGUGCGUGGGCUGGCUACCUUUGGCCUGGAGCUGGACUUCAUGGUGGAGGAGUACGCUGGCAGCAAAGGCAAGUUUCCACCUGUGAAGAGAAGAAACAAGAGAUCCCUGUACAUCGCUACCAUAGAGAAGGCCCACAGCCUGGUCAACUCGCUGAUAGAAAGCAGCAGGCUGGACCACCUGGGGCUGCUGGUGGUUGAUGAGCUUCACAUGCUGGGCGACGGCAGCAGAGGGGCUGUGAUCGAAAUGACUCUGGCCAAGGUUCGGCACAUGAGCAAAGCAACCCAGAUUAUUGGAAUGAGCGCCACCCUGGGGAACAUCAAGGACCUGCAGACGUUUCUGGGGGCAGAAAAUUACACAAAUGACUUCAGGCCAGUUCAGCUGAAAGAAUAUGUCAAACUGAACGACACCAUAUAUGAAGUUGACCCGAAGGAGGAAAACUGCUUCAGAUUCUCCAGAAUGUUGAACUUUAAAUACUCCAGCUCCAUGCAGAAGAUUGACCCAGACCACAUCAUCGCCCUGGUAACAGAAGUCAUCCCUCUGCAUUCAUGUUUGGUCUUCUGUCCUACAAAGAAAAACUGUGAGAAUGUUGCAGGAAUGAUCUGCAAGUACCUAAAAGAAGACUUUCUGCAGCACCGUGAGGCUGAGAAGGCCGUCCUGCUCCAGGAGCUGAAGGCCGGUGGGAACGGCUCCAUGUGCCCGGUGCUGAGGAGGACCGUGCCCUACGGCGUGGCCUAUCACCACAGCGGCCUCACCGCCGAGGAGAGGAAGCUGGUGGAGGAGGCCUACUCCAGAGGCGUUCUCUGCCUGCUGGCCUGCACCUCCACCCUGGCAGCAGGAAUCAACCUGCCAGCCCGCAGGGUGAUCCUGCGCUCCCCUUAUGUGGCUACGGACUUCCUGAAGAGGAGCCAGUACAAACAAAUGGUGGGCAGAGCGGGUCGGGCUGGGAUCGACACCAUCGGGGAGAGCAUCCUCAUCCUGCAGGAGAAGGACAGGAGCAUGGCCAAAGAGCUGGUGUGUGCCCCCAUGGAGAGCUGCUAUAGCAACCUGAUGCAGGACGAUGGGAAAGGCAUCCUCAGUCUGAUCCUAUCACUGAUUGGAUUAAACAUCUCCUCAUCGCUGCAGCAGGUGGAGCAGUUCCUGCGUGGGACGCUGCUGUUUGUGCAGCAGCAGCAGCUGUGUGUGGAGCGCAGCCUGUGGGACACCGUCCAGCGCUGCGUGGCCACGCUGCAGGAGAAGGAGCUCAUCACCAACACAGCAACACACUCUCCAUCGCUGCAGGUUACCAGACUGGGCAGGGCAACCUACAAAGGCUCAGUGGAUCUGUCCUACUGCUCUGUUCUGUAUAAAGACCUGUUGAAAGGUCUGGAGGGGCUGCAGCUCAGCAGCCACCUGCACCUGGUCUACCUGGUGACCCCCUACGAUCUGGUCCCCCAGUGCAACCCUGACUGGAUGGUUUACUUCAGACAGUUCACCCUCCUGUCUGCUUCAGAGCAGAAGAUGUCUGCUGCUGUCGGAGUCCCAGAGAGCUUCGUGGCCCGGAAGGCUGCAGGACAGACAGUCAAGAAGAGCGUGGAUCUAGUAGCAGUGAAGCGGAUGUACCUGUCUCUGGUCCUCUUCUCCCUGCUGAGGGACACCAACGUGUGGGCCGUGGCCGACCGCUUCCAGCUCAGCAGAGGCUUCGUUCAGACUCUGCUCAGCGCCGCCUCAACCUUCUGCUGCUGCGUGCUGCACUUCACCGAGGAGCUGGAGGAAUUGUGGCCGUUUAAAGCUCUGCUGCUGGAGCUCACCCGCCGCCUCAGUUACUGCGUGAAGGCCGAGCUCAUCCCUCUGAUGGAGGUGGCCGGAGUUCUGGAGUUCAGAGCAAAGCAGCUGUACAACGCUGGCUACAGGACGCUGACCCACCUGGCCAACGCCGACCCUGCCGUCCUCUGUGGGACACUGGAGCACCUGUACCAGAAGCAGGCCAACCUGAUGGUGGCCUCAGCCAAGAUGCUCCUGAAUGAGAAGGCUGCAGCUCUCCAGGAGGAAGUGGACGAGCUGCUGACCCUGCCUGCAGACCUUCCGCAGCAGCAGCAUCAGGAGCUGCUGCUACUCUGAAACACACUUGGCUCCUUCUGGCCUGUUUCUCAUGGGUAAAUAGGAAUCCAGAAUGCAGGACCAGUGGAAGGAAGCCCGCUGCAUGAGAGAUCCUCAAUGAACUGG